GCGUGAAGUGGGUGACUUCACCAGCAAAGUCCGGUGAAUCCCACGUACUUUUUGUGGCUAACAGUCAUGGGCACUUGACUGCGAACCCUGCGGACGAACAGCAAAAUGUGUGUUGGUCGACGGUAUCAGGAAGUGGUCUACAGGAUGAAGGGAUACAACAAAAUAUAUUAGCAAGUGUCAGUUUUGAGGGUGGGCCAAGUCGAAAGAUUCUUGCUUUGUGGUCGGCGCAAAAGUGCAAUGCAAGCAGCUUGCGAGCCAAGUAUCUGCUAGACAACGGAGAAAUCGACAUCGUCAAUGGGGAAACAGACGGGGCAAGUGGGAUAUUACCGACUUGCUGGCAUUUACUGAUCUCUGAUUAUAGGACUACGGUGAACACCGACUGUAAUUGGGCAGCUAAUAGGAAUGCCGGUUGUGGCGUCAACGUAGACAAGGCAAACUCUUAUGGUAGCAGCUUUAAUAUUGCCGGCGGAGGAUG